AUGGCGUCAAUUAUAUUGCGUAAAUUUUAUCAACAGUCUAUUAGAUGUAUACAAAAUGUGACAUCAGUACCAAUUAAAACUGUUUCAAGUUUAUAUUCAACUAAUGUGGAACCUAUACAGAAUAAAUUAAAAUCACCUGUAAAUUCAUGGAAUGAAUGGGAUCCUUUAGAAGAAAUCAUUGUUGGAACACCAGAAUAUGCGACAGUACCACAUUUGUUACCUGAAGUGAAAACUUGUGCUGCAAGUGCUAAACACAAUUUCUACAUUCAAAAUGGAGGUAAAUAUUGGGCUGAUGUUAUACCAAAAGAACAUUGGCAAUUGUUAUGCAAACAAGUUGAAGAUUUUGUUAAAAUGCUUGAAUUAGAAGGUAUUAAAGUUGUUCGACCUGAUCCAGUCGAUCAUAGAAAGUCAUAUAAACUUCUUGACUUUGAAACACAAGGCUUCUAUGCUGCUAUGCCAAGAGAUUUCUUAUUAAUUGUCGGUGAUGAAAUAAUCGAAGCGACAAUGACUUGGAGAUCAAGAUAUUUUGAAUAUUUGGCCUAUAGACCACUUGCUUUAAAUUAUUGGAAACAAGGAGCCAAAUGGACAAUUGGACCUAAGCCAACUAAUUUUUCCGAAUUAAUAAGAGAUGAACCUAUUAAUGUAGGUCUCAGUGAUGAACAUAAUCCAGAUUAUGGAAAAGUGACAACAGAAAGUGAACCAUGCUUUGAUGCUGCUGACUUUAUACGUGCUGGACGAGAUAUUUUUGCACAAAGAAGUCAAGUCACAAAUUUAUCAGGAAUCGAAUGGGUUAGAAGACAUUUAGAGCCUCGUGGUAUAAAAGUUCAUAGGCUUUCAUUUGUUGAUCCAAGACCAAUGCAUAUUGAUGCAACUUUUACUUUAGUUAAACCUGGUAUAGCUGUUCAAAACCCUGAUCGUCCAUGUCAUCAAGUUGAUUUUAUCAGAAAAGCCGGUUGGCAAGUUAUCGACGCACCACAACCAUUAAUGAAAAAAGAUCAUGAAAUGUGGCUUGGUUCCAACUGGUUAUCAAUGAAUGUCUUGAUGUUAGAUCAGAAUAGAGUAAUUGUAGAAUCUGAAGAGACAGGGAUUCAAGAAAUGUACAAAAGUAUAGGAAUUAAACCAAUCAAUGUAAAAUUUAAAUAUGCAAAUUCGAUUGGAGGAGGGUUUCAUUGUUGGACGUGCGAUAUAAGACGGCAAAGUAAACUAGAAUCAUAUUUCGACUGGUCCAAAGGUGAAAUACCACGAAUUUGA